AUGGAAGGAAAUGUACAGCUGUGAUGAUGAUGUUUCUGCGUUGUUUGUAGGUUAAAUAAGACAUGUCUCAGACUGAAGAAGUACAAAUAGGAGUGGAGACAUCAACCAAAACGGGGAUGGAAGGUCCGGUGAAACCAAUAUCUGGUUCACUGGAUAAAGACAAGGACGGGGAUUCUGAGCAGGUUGUCAAUUCUGCCACAACAACAACAACUACACUCUCACCAUGUCAGGAGAUAAACAAGGAUUUGACUCCCUCUGUUAAUGUCACUGCAAAUAGUCCAGAAGAAAACACUGGCAACUUAACCCCUGAUGUAGCAAAUAGUGUAGAGUGUGUGGACACUGAACAACAAUCAGCGUACAUCAGUUCUCAUAAUGCAGCUGAUCUCACAACAUUGGAUGUAGAGACAAAAAGUGUAGAUGAGCAUGAUGAAGGUGAUGCUAGCCCAGAUAGGGAUGACCUGCAAGAGAAGAGUAACGUGUCGAAUGAUGACACUGCAGAGACGACGACAACCUCGGAUCAAAUCUCCUUGAGUUCAGAGACAGAGCCUGCACUUUCUGAGGAGUUCUCCUCAGCAGGAUUGGAGGAACUGAGGAGCGGCUCCUCGCUGAGUUUUGAUUUCAGUCAGAAAUCCACCGAUGAGGAUGGCACUCUGCUUCAGCUAGAGCAGACAGAGCAGACAAAGACUGAGCAAAAUCAGACAAACGACACACCUGCCAAAGGCGUGUUAACAGAUGACCCAGCGUCUUGUCAAACUGAAGGAACCAGAAGCUCUCCUGCUGAUAAGGUGACUUCUGACCGUAAGGAAUCAACCAAUCAGGAUGUUCCUGCCUCAAAUCUCCAGAAAGGAGAUCAGCUUGUAGUGGAUCUACCUCCAGUGGAGAGUGGUGUGGGGGCAACUGGUGGUGAAACAGCAUGUGCAGCAAGUGCAGAAUGUGGUGCAACUGCUGCAGCAGCACCGCCGUGUUCACAGUUCACAUUAGAAGAGCGAGGGCAGUCAUCAGGGGCGCUGAGUCCCGAUGACUCCAGUUCCGCUCCUAGUGUUUACAGUGUUAAAUGGGUGAUGUUCAAAAACAAUAAAGUUCCAGUAAUAACACAGAAUGAGAAUGGACCGUGUCCGCUGAUAGCCAUCAUGAAUGUGCUGCUCUUACAGAAGAAGGUCCAAUUCCCAGCAUUAAUGGAAAUGGUUACGUCAGACCAACUCAUGAGCUACUUGGGAGAAUGUAUAUUUGAGAAUGUCCCCAAGAACAUCACAGAGGAUUCAAGACUUAACUAUGAGCAGAAUAUGCAGGAUGCAAUGGCGGUUUUUCACAAGCUUCAAACAGGAUUAGAUGUUAACGUAAGAUUUACAGGUGUGUGUGACUUUGAGUACACCCCAGAGCUGAUCAUCUUUGACCUGUUGGAGAUACGCCUUUAUCAUGGCUGGCUGGUGGAUCCCCAGGAGCCUCAAGUAGGGGCCGCAGUGGGGAACUGCAGCUAUAAUCAGCUGGUAGAGAAAAUCAUUGCUCAAAAAUCCUCAGAGAAACAAGAGUUGGUAACAGAAGCAUUGCUGGCAGAGACUUUCCUGGAGAGUUCAGCAUCUCAGCUAACAUACCAUGGUCUAUGUGAGCUCUCCACCAGUGUGAAGGAGGGAGAACUAUGCGUGUGCUUUAGGAACAACCAUUUUAGUACUUUAUAUAAACAUAAGGGGGAAUUAUUUAUUCUUGUGACAGACCAAGGGUUCCUCACAGAGUCUAACGUUGUCUGGGAAACAUUGUCCAAUGUAGAGGGAGAUUGCCAUUUUGUGGAUGCAAACUUCCACACUUACACUAAACCAGAGUUAGCUCCCUUAGUGGUCUCAGAGAUCCCUGCAGGCAGUGAUCAGCAAAUAGACCAAGAUUACCUUGUAGCCUUGUCGCUACAGCAAGAACAACAAUUAACAGUGGACCAAGAAGCAGGCUGGAAUCCACAGCAACCACAACAACAACAAGGUGCUCCUGCACUGCCAACAGUGCAGCUGUCUGAUCAUGAAUUAGCCCUGAAACUUCAGGAAGAAGAGGACAGAAGAGCUGCUGCUGCUUACCAACAACAACAGCAACAAUCACCAUCAGGAACACAGCAGCCAAACCAGCCACGGUCACCAGGCAGCCAAUCCUCCUCUAGCUCGGGCAGCCGACGACCAAGGGACAGGGAAAGGAAAGACAAAGACAAAGACAGUUGUACAGUAUUGUGAGGAAUUUAAUGUCUUAGAUAACACUGGGUGUUCCUGUCCAGACAUAUAGAGACAGAGAUGUCCAUGUCAUUGGUUUGUCCUGUGAACGAAGACCUGAGGUGCUCUGCCUACCAUUCCUCACCAGAAAGGCAACAUCAGUUGCGGCAGCUGAGGCUUAAGAGUAGUACAUGGUUUGCUUGGAAUUGUGUCUCUCAGGCAGCAUCUCUGGAAAGAAAGAAGGCCAGUUGCAUAUUUAUGUGAUCUCAACAAUAGCACAUGUGAAAGGUUUAUGCAGGAAAUGCACCAUUUUAUACAGUGCUGUCAUUUCCUGUGCUCUUUAUAAGGAAAACGAAAUAAUACGCUAGUUUUGAGGAUCUGAGAGAUAGUUUGGCUGGGCAGUUUAGUUGCAUGCUUUCCAGCAAAAAUAUCAAAUGGUCUUAAUGACAGAUGUAAAAAUCAUGAUUGAACAGUGUGAAAUAGUUUCUGUUAAUUUAAGAUAUUCAGUGACAAAUUAUGAAAUGUAGCUUUAAUGUUUUGUCUGAAAUUCAAAUCAUGAAAAUCUCUUUGUGCCUGAUAUUAUGCGCACACUGAAAAAUUUGGUAAACAGUGUGUUUGGUGAAGUGGUUGAUGUAAGAUGCUCAGCCAUGACAAACUGGGCCAUAGAUACAUUUAACAGAUAAUUUUACUAUGAUAAUUCCUUUGGGCAGAAUUACGUGGCGCACCUUAUUCACAUUUAAAUUACAACAUAAUUAGAAAAUAAAAAAGUUUUCAUGCGUACUACAGUAUGUCAUUUCCUGAUUUGAAGUUAAAGUUUCUGUUAAUUAUAUGUACAUGUAUGUUAACUAUUCUUAUGGAACAACAAAACCUUCCAUUUUGGUACUUUGAUUUUGAAUGGAGGUUUUUAUAACCAAAACUUACGAAGCCAUGGGCAUAUAAUAUCUUUUGGCUUUUAAACAGCCAAUCCAAAAGGAUUGCUGUAGUGCAGUGGCAGUGAAAACAGUGGACUUGUUUAAUAUGAUUAUAAACUUGUUGAUGCUGGUAUAGUUCAUUUUUGUCUUAAUAUUAAUGUUAUGAGAGUUUUAUCACGAGCCAUUUGUUCUAUUGAGAAAUAUCGGAUUUAACAUAGAUUAUUUUGAAUGCAAUAUGCAAACCAGAUGUUCAAAAAAAAUCUUUGGAGUAUCAAAAAAUGUUCAAUAAUCAAGUAAAAGAAAUGCUAUGGGAAUUGUCUUGGAAAUUUUUGUAUAAAAUGAAAAUGUUUUUCUCUAUUCAAAUGUACAUGUAAGCAUGUAGGGGUUUUGUUAUUUUCAUGACCCCUUAAAUAGAUGGCAUUGAACAGAUCAUGUAUGUACCGGAGGUACUUGAUCAACUUACCUGAUAGUUAUGGUUGGAAAUGUUAGUAGUACAUAAUUAAUGUUUACCUCUUGUUAGAUAUGUCUAUGUUGAACAAGUGUACAGUAUAUUUUAAUUUUUCAAUUUUCCAACUUAUCCGGAUAGUCAUUUGUACAGUUACCAACUUUACCUGUUUUGAAAACUGAACCAUGUUAAAAUGUAUUUGAUGUGAGCCUUAGUGUUGUUUUUUUUUUUUCAAAUAUGCAUUUCGUACAUACAUACUUACAUAACCAUACAAUACCUGUAUGGAAAAUGAGACAAAAAUACCCUGGUGUGAUACAUUCAACAAAUCCAACCAUUCUUUUUAAUGUUUUUACACGUAUACAAAACCUUUCUAAAAUUGACCCCAAAUUCAUAGAGCUAAUUCUGGAAUCUUAUUUUUUCCACUUGCAGUGAGGUAUAAAACUAAUGUAGAUAUUUUACUGUAUACGUGAUUUUUGUGUCAGCUUCUCUAAGCUUAUAAUCUGCUGUGCUGAUACAUUUGCUGGUUUGCCCUAAUAACAUACUGGUUGCCAUGGUUAUGUAAUACAUGUACCUUUUGAAUAAAGAUUGUGAUGCAAGUCUCUGUUGAUGUUCACUAAUUUAUCAGAGGUGGGCUUUGGGCAUUGUGAAGUAUUUGCCUUUAGUGUUUCAAGGGUUUUUCAGCUUUAUUAAGCUGACCUUGAUUUUUUGGUGCAAGGCAUUCUGGGUUUAUUCAAAGAUAUGUAUUAUACUGGAUUGGCAAUUAAAGUUUGAAUUCCAAAUUUCUUUAGUCAGUCAGAUUUAUUUUCCUUACCAUAUUUUAAAACUUUGCUGUUUAAACUGGUAAGAACUGACUACCUUUUGACAGAAUUAUCUUUUUUUCCAUACCAAAAUUUGCCAAAUUAUUUAAGGCUUCACAGGAAUUCAGUAUAGGAAAUUUGCUCAUUGUUUAAUAAUGAUUUUGUAGUUUUACUUUGUAUAGCAUAUUGGUAUGCUUUAGCUGUAUUAGUGUUUUGUUUGCUGUGGUAGUAUAUGUACAUGUUUUUAUGCCUCAUUUUAUGUUAGAUCACAUUGAAGUAUUAGUAAAGUGUAAAAGUACAGAUCAUGAAAUAUGUCAUUCCUGAGUUCAGACAUUAUGACGAAUGGCGACGUCACUUUGGAGGAACGAUAUGGCGCUAUUUACCUAUAAUUUAUCAUUACAGAAUAUCAAAUACAAAAGCACAGGCAGAAGUCCUUUAGGUUGCACUUCUGUAACAAGCUUAUCGUCAUUAGACUGAAUAAUUGCUAAGAACGAUGU